UUUUAAUACUGUACCUACGCAAUUUAAUAAUAAUAAUAACGCGUAUAAAAAAUAAAAAUUCGGUUUUUGGAAUUUUUCGAGUUUCGCUCGCGUUUUUCGUGAUUGCGCGCGUUCGACUCGUCGUCAUCGUCGUCGUCAGCGUUGUUUCCCCCGGUCAGCCAGCAUUUGAGUUUUUACCCCGUUAGAAUCCCGUUUUUWAAAAAUAUAUUUUUAUCAUAUUCUUCGCCCGGGAAAUUAUCGGCUCGGUUUAUUUUGCGUGGUUUUUCUACGACAUGUAUGCGUCGGAAGACGCAUCCGCCUAGGAUCCUCGGCGAUUGUCACCAACUGUAUUUCCAAUAGCACCUCCAAAACCACCACCAAAGAUGACGAUGAAUGCGAUGACGACGGCACUGCURUUGGCAGCCGCGUGCUCGUUGUUGACCGCUGUGCCGGCCGCGACCGGUUACAGGGCGGUUCGUACUUCCGGUCCGUUACCGGUGACUGUGCACGUCCGGUCUGGCGGUGUAGUCGCCGGCGGCCCGGCCGCCAACAGGACUUCAGCCAGCGGAGUCGUCUUUCCGGCGUCUGUGGCAUCAUCGCCAACUAUGACGACCACAACGACGACCACGUCCACGUCGACCGCGGCUGUAGCGUCGGCCGCCAACGCGGCCGCGGCCGCUGCCGCUGGAUUUACGUCGUUCUCGACCAGCAGCUCGGCUUCCAACCAUACCGCCGCCAGGAACCAGACGAGAUCCGAACGACUUAGAGCAAGGGAGCAGUACUUGUUCAACGUAUUUGAAGUGAUCGUUUCCACGUUGGAGACCAAACUCCAGAGAAUAGAAAACUUGGACAAAGCYGUCGAGCACCUCAUGCGCCGAGUAGAACAACUGGAUUCACGAGUGACCAACAACAUCGACAAGACGGAAGCGGUGAUUGGUAAGCUGCGAUCGUUGGACACCAAGCUGUUCCAGAAAGAACCUGGUACUCUCGGUCAUCAUCUCGAGACCAGACUAACAACUUUAGACCGCAAAGUGGGCGACAUUGACACCAAGUUGGUCGGGCUAAAAAGUCAAUUGGACAACAAUUUCCUGGCACCCGCCGACGAUAUCAAUGCCGAGGCAAGYGAAAAAAAACCCGUGAACGUCCACCACUUGGACGUGUCCAAGCUGCUCAACACGCAGAUGGACACUAUCCGGAGCAACACUGCCAACAUUGACAGGAAGCUGCAGUUUCACAUAAACAUGGUAUCGGACGGGCUAACCAAAAUCAUAAGCAUGGUGUCGGACGUGCACGGCGCCAUUGUUGAACAGGACAACAAUAACAACAAUAACCACCACCAUGGUAGCAGUCGGUCGGGCAACAAAACGACGACCACCACACCGGCGUCGGCGCCGGAGCGGAUCAACAAAAUCGACCAGCUGGUAAGGCAGAUGCACCCAAUACUGAGCGUCAGUGAGAAAAUGGACGAGGUGUGGAAUGUGGUGGUCGGUACCAAGAGCUCGGUAGAUGAUCUGGUGCCCAAGUCUGACGAGYUGCUGACGCAGACGCAGCGCCAGGAGCGGGCCAUUAGCGACAUACACGAUGACCUGCGCAUGAACACCAACAAGAUCAUCGCCAAUCUGGACGUAGUGGAGCGCAGACUGAAGAAACAAGAAGACGACGUGGUAACAUUGGCCCAGCGACCUGUGCCCGCCGAGAUGCUGCGCCUGGACCCGACCAUCGACGAUUACUCCCGGUACGACGAACAGCUGCAAUCCGAGUCCACCCCGCUUUCCUCUUCCGUGUCAUUUACUACCCCUACCAGUGUCGGGAGCGGUGUCGGCGGUAUCGGCGGUAUCGGUGGCCCUACACCAGGUACGCCCCCGGACGUCCAACUGUCGUUUCAGACGUCCAGGAACGCGCCCCAGAAGAACAGAGGAGUGGUGUUCCCGAGCGUCAAGAACAAACCGCCACCGGCUAACAUCAGUUUCUUGACCGAACAGUUCAACCGCGAAGUCAAAGGAUUUUCAUGUCUGGACCUUUUGAACGCAGGCAUGAAGCAAUCCGGCGUGUAUUAUUUGCAAAUCCGGGGUACGGCCUACUGGUACCUGAAGGUGUUCUGCGAACAGGAGAUUGCGGACGGAGGUUGGACGGUCAUACAAAGAAGAGAUGACAUUGGCGAUCCCAUACGUGAGAAUUUUAAUAGAGACUGGACCGAUUAUAAAAAUGGAUUUGGUGACCCCACUAAAGAAUUUUGGAUGGGCAACGAAAACAUUUAUAUGCUAACYAGUAACGACGAAUAUAUGCUAAGAAUUGAGUUGGAAGAUUUUGAAGGAAAUAGAAGAUACGCUCAAUAUUCACAUUUCAAAAUUUACUCGGAAUCUGAAUACUACAAGUUAGAGAUUGAUGGAUAUGAGGGCAACGCUGGAGAUUCACUGAAUGAYCCGUGGUAUGGAAGCAACAACAGUCCAUUCUCUACAUACAACAGAGACAACGAUAGAUCGAGYUUGAACUGCGCAUCGAUGUUAAAAGGAGGAUGGUGGUGGAAGUCUUGUGGCAGAGGACUCAAUGGAUUGUAUUUGAAUGAUCCACAAGAUUUAACGGCCAGACAAGGUAUCGUGUGGUUCCGCUGGAGAGGAUGGGAUUACACUCUGAAGAAAGCUCAAAUGUUAAUCAAACCAAAGGCCACCGUCAUUCCACCGCUACCCGUCGUCAACGCCGUUUGAUCGAAUAAAGAUUGUCGCAUGUCAUAUAUAAUAUAUAUAAAUAAAAUUGUAUUAAACAUCUGUGUUAAAAAAAGGCUAAAAAAGAAAAAAAUCGAGUUAAGAAUCUUCGAUAAAAUAUUGUCGUGCUUUAGUUAGGCUCAAAUUUACUACUAUUUUAUUUUUUUUCUGUUCACCUUAUUAAGACGUGUCUUAAUUCGUACCUAUGAUGACAUGUUAAUGUUUGGUCAAAUCUAAAGGCRUGAGAAUAAAAAUGUAAAAAUGUAUUUAUUUUGUAAAUAUAUUUAAAAAUGUGCCGUAUAUAAUAAUAUACAUAAUAUUUAG